UAUAAAAUACAAACAUAAAAUCCUACUACUACAUUUGGGGGAAGAGUUUUGGGAAGUUCAGUUCCUGGUUUUUAUUUGACCUCUCUCCAGCACUUGUUUUGGUUUGGCCUUCCCCUUUCCAUCCCUGUUUGAGGUUUCUGUCUCAAUCACAGCAGGUGAUGCAAUGGUAUGUGACAAAGAGGAACAGAAUUGUCAGCAGGAAAAUGUUGAGCAAGUGGAUAAACACAGAGAAUUAUCACAAAGACGAAAAAGGAAUGUGUCCAGGAGUCAUGACCAGGGAAAAUCCUGUGAGAUUCAGCACAGACCAGACAGAGAGCAAGGAAACCAGCCAGGGGAGAAAGUGGGUAAAUUUAUGUCCUGUUGGGGAACUCAGAAGGACAUCAAGGAAACCACAACCCAGCAGGAAAUCCUCAUGGAAAAGAGAAAAAAUACAUGCACUGAGUGUGGGAUAAACUUACAUGACUACUCAGCCCUUAUAAAGCAUCAGAGAAUACACACAGGUGAGAACCCCUGUGAAUACAGUGAGUAUGGAAAAAACUUCAAUCGCAGAUCAGGCCUUUUUCUCCAUCAGAGAAUCCACACGGGGGCAAGGCCCUAUGAAUGCACUGAGUGUGGAAAAUGCUUCGCUAAGAGCUCAGCCCUUUCUGAACAUCAGAGAAUCCAUACAGGGGAGAGACCCUAUGAAUGCAGUGAGUGUGGGAAAAACUUCACUCACAGAACAGGCCUUUUUCUCCACCAGAGAAUCCACACAGGGGAGAGGCCCUAUGAAUGCUGUGAGUGUGGGAAAACCUUCAAUCGCAGUUCGCACCUUAUUAGGCAUCGGAGAAUCCACACAGGGGAGACACCCUAUGAAUGCAGUGAGUGUGGGAAAAACUUCACUCGCAGAUCAGGCCUUUCUGAACAUCAGAGAAUCCACACAGGGGAGAGGCCCUAUGAAUGCAGUGAGUGUGGAAAAUGCUUCACUAACAACUCAGCCCUUUCUAAACAUCAGAGAAUCCACACAGGAGAGAGACCCUAUGAAAACAGUGAGUGUGGGAAUACCUUCUCUUGGCACUCGACCCAUGUUAGCCAUCAGAGAAUCUGCAAGGGAGAUCAACACCAUAAAAACCUCUAGGGCUAUCAAUACUUUUUAAAAAAAAAAAACUUUUCCUGAUUCCUAUAUAGCUUUUAAAGCUGCUUGAUCUGUUUGCAGCACCAUUAUCCCUCGGCUUCUCCAGAUGAGUGGGCCAUUUUUGCCUUUUGCAGUUUGCCCUGUUUUGAGGUGGACCUAUUUGUACUUUCUAUUGUCCCAUGGGUAAUUUGAGUGUGCCCUUCGUAUCAGGAAGCAGGGAGCAUCACAUUUAUACCGUUCCUACUAUUGCAAAGUUAUUGUUAGAGUCACCAAUGAUACAGAUUGUAUUAUUGUCAGUUGUUCUCGCGUUGCUCUGGGUUUUGCUGAAGAGCAGUUAUAUUGGGAACUUUUCAAAUUAUAUGUAAAUGAAGAGAAGCAGGGGCCCGAAAAAAUGUGUCAUUUCAGCCUCUGAGACACUGGAAGGAGAUGGAGUAACUCAGAGAUUCCCUCCUUCCCCAUCACCACAGAACUCUUACCUUUUGUCUGAGCCAUGAAGAGUUUAUCUUCAUCACAUUCUAUCCAUCCACUUCUCAAAGUGUCAUGUGAUGAAGCUUUCUCUGUUGUCUGUGCUUGGAGAUGAUGCUUUGACUUCUUUAAUCCUAUAUCAGAGUCACCAUGACUGGAGAUGAAAGUAUCAAAGACCUGGGAGGGGAAUUCAAAUGAAUCCCAAACACAAUGUGAUCAUUUGGAGUUUAAAUCCCAGGUUCCAUCUAUUGGCAAAGCCACUUCUGGCAAAGUGGCUGUUUUCCCGCCCAUUAUGGAGAUACUACUGUACUGAAAACAUUGUAAAUAACAUAACUGACUUUUGAGAUAGUGUUGUGUGAAGCAGGUUUGAAUGGAUCAGAGGAGAAUGUGAUGGGAGAAUCUCUUGUCCUGAUUCUGAGUCAUCAGAUGUAACCUGGUCUGGAAUUUCACUUGACACUUCCAUUGUCAUGUAUUCUAUUUCUCUGUGAUGUGGAUUUCUAUCUUUCCUGAAAGCUGUUUGGUCACCCAAUUGAAUAUUAGUUCAGUUUGAUGAGAUGUAGCUCAGAUUUAUUGGAGAAUUUAAAACAAAUGACCAUUUGCUAAAGUCAUCAUUUCUCACUUCAGCUUUGCUUUCCCCCCAUCCCUCCAUGAUAACAUGGAGAAAGUUCAAGUGCAGUUCUGUCAUCAGGAGAGAACUCUCCAAUUUACUGCACCUGCUAACAAAGAAACAGCAGUGAUUUAAAAUCUCCACUCGGAAAUGGUGAACAACAGCAGAACCCCAACUAACUGAAGGAAGUGCAUAUGAUCCUAGUGUAGUUGAAUUGUUUAAGUCGAUGUUGUCUCAGAUGAUCUGGGGAGAGAAUUCCACGGUAAGUGGUUUUGAAGUAGGCAAAAUGCCCAUGUAUUUGGUUCCUAAAGCAUUUGUAACCCAGGCCCCACAGAUGAUCUCUCCUAACUAAUCCUAUGGUAUGGGAGAUGCUGCCCUUCAUGACGCAGAUGUUGAGGAAAUAGAAGUGGGGGUUUUGUUGAAUUUAUCCUUUGUAGUUGCUAAAAAUGUGUAUAAAAUGAAAUCAGUGUUGGAAAUCUAAUAGCUUCAGAAAAAUAGCUAUUUUUGAAUAGAAACUUCAGGUCUGGUAACUAACAGAGAUUUGAAUCCAGCCCUUUAUCCUGUCCCUUGCCUGGAACUGUGCCAGCAAAUUAAAGAAAAACUGGGCAUGUUUUGGGAAGCCAUUCCUCACUAACAGUGCUGAGAUUUGGAGUGGUUUUGUAAAGGAUUCUACUUCAGAGAACUGUAAAUUUAUCCUAACCAAGGCCAAAGAUUUGGAAAGAACUGAGGUUGAAAGAGUCCACACCCAGUUCUUGCUUUCCACCCCAGUAAAGGAAGUUAUGAUGACCAACGACCCAAGGAAAAUUGUUUGUACAACUCCACUUCCGAAUGAAGGGGAGUAGGCUCCGGUUGGGAGUGAGGAGCAGUGUGCAUAGGAGGGGCUGUGGGUUGGGUCUGAGGGGCACUGGGAAUAGAGGGGACAUGGGUUCAGGUUGAAGAGCAUCCUCAUUUGGGGAUCUAGCAGGACAGGGGAAGGCAGCAGGUGAUUCUAAUUCCUUAGGGAUAUUUUGUGUGUGUGUGCAGGGGAGGAACAUGCUAUAUGCCCAGAGGCCUUUAUUCCUCUUUCCUGUGAGGACAGAGGGAAUGUCAGGAAGUUGCCCCUUCAAUCCCACACACAAAAAGGCCCUUCUUAGGAAAGGCAAAAUCCUGAAGAGAAAAAGUUACAUCAAAGAGAGAGAUUUUUAAGAUCCUGCUGAAUAGUUCAUCACCUGACCAGGGACUUGAACCCUGCACCCUCAGAUUAAAGGUCUGAUGUUCUACCAACUGAGUGAGCCUGGCUUGGAGGGGAGGGGAGGAAGGAGUGAGUUAGUGCAGAGGCGAAACUAGGCAAGAAAAAGCAGGAAACCAGCUGCUCUCUCUCUCUUAUUGAAUCAUAGAAUAUCAGGAUUGGA